UAAUCGUAAAUCAGUUGAUUAUUGAAUUUUCUGAAAACUACCGUACCCUAAGUGAAAGUCACGCUUUCCCUUGUUAGCCACCGACCGCGCCUGUCUCUACUCAAAUUCUCGGAUUCCAUUUCUUCCUAACUCCGAUUUCUCAUCAAUCGAAAAUUCUGGUUUUUGUGGCGCGAAUUCUUAGCCUUGAUCUUGUCUUUGAAGUGGACAUUUUACUGAUAAAAAUUCAGAACACUGUAUGAGACAACCUUGUUCCUUGUUCUGCCAUGAAUUUCGGUGUGAAACAGCUGCUAUUUUCUACUCCGUUUGCCCAGAAAUUUUUGAGUGUUUUGCUUGCUGUCAUGCCCAUUAAAUCUGGUUUGUUUGGGGUAAGUUUGAAGCUGAUUUUUCCUUUGUUUUGUCUUAGAAUUGUCAUAGAAUAUGUGCAAAAAAGAAAAAAAGAAAAACUGAUUCUGUCCUAUCUUUAUUGUUUGAGAAUCUUCAAGCUCAAUUCCGUAUGUGAGUGACUCUAAUUCUGGCAGCCUGACCCUGCGUUAGUAUUUUGGCUAUAACUUUCUCUAUACAUGUCCAAUUGAGGUGAUUCUUGAUUCUAUAGAAAGCUAAGAGAUAGGGAUAUGAUUUCCUCUUGAGCAUUCAAACCAGUUCUGCUGUUUUUGAGGAGAAAAUUCUGUUGCAAUUUUAGUCGCUGCUGUUAGGUGCAAAAAUCCACUGUUCAUGACCCAUUAUUUGAUGCCAAGAAAUUCCCCUUUGAUUUGGUCCUUGUAGUAACCUAGCUUGAAAUCAUUGCUUGUUAUUUGAGGCUUAAAUAUUGGCCAUGUCAACAUGUAUUUGAUUUGUGGGAACGAGUUCUGAUUAUGCUUAUGACCUGUUUAGCACUGGGAUGUUUAAUUGUGGUAAUUUAUGACCUGCUUACUACCAGGACAUUUAAUUGUGGUAACAUGUGACCCAUGCCACUGGGACGUUUAAUUCUACAAGUUUUGAAAGAACGGUAUUGAUUGCAUAAACUUUUCCUGCAUAUUCAAUUUUUGCUAUGGGAUUAAAUUCUUUUAUUGGACCCAUGAUUUCUACUUAUAUGUCUUUGAGACAUUGUUUUGUUUUAGACAUGCUAAACCCAUUUCCAGGAAUAUGCCUUGUCACUUAUUGAGUUAUACGUAUUAAAUUUUUCUGUCCAUCAUUUUAGAUGCUGAAGUUCACGACAUCAGGAACCAAGGGAGUGAUGUUCUAGGAGCAUUGCUUAGUUAUUUGCUUUGGAAUAAGUGGACCUUAGUUUUAGUUUGACUUUGGAAUGAAUUGAGAAAUAAUUUGUUUAGAAUGCUUGGAUAUGGAGACUUGAAAUAUCUUGAUAUGCAGACGUUAUGAAGUUGUGCAUGACUAUACUAUUGAUUAAUAAGGUUUUCACAAGUUAGUUAGAACCUUGCCAUCUGCGGGGUAGAAGUUGCAAGAAUGUGGUAUCUGUUCUGCUUCUUGGUUUGGAGCGUUACAUUUUUAUUUUCUUUUGGCUAACUUCAAAUGCGAAGGCUAAACUUUUUUGGGCUUGUAGGUUUGAUUCUUGAAACAGGAGCUAUGUUAAUUAAAAGAAAAAAAAUGAAAUGGAGAUUUGGAGUUAGCCAAAGGGGAAAAAAAAUUCAUUGUUAAGAGAUUUGAGGUUUGGCAGAGUUUUUCUAAUUUAUGGGUGCCCGUGAAUCCCAUAAAAUUCCAGUAAGGGUUUUCAUAAGGGAGUUAAUUGAGUAAUGAUAGGAUUAGAUUUAGUGAUCUUGAAAAAAUUGAGGAUCAUUUUUGAUCCAAAUAAAAGUUGGGACAAUAUCUAAUAUUUGUGCUAAAAGUUGGGAUUAAAUCUGGUAUUUGGCCUUAUAUUUAUGGUAUCACCAUCAACUUGAAGCAGGCCCAAGGUGAAAAAGAAAUCAGUGGAGCGGAGCUCCGGUCAAUGAGUUCCUUUCCUCAACAAAAUGAAGAACUCCCUCCAGUUCAUUGCCAGAAGAGUUUCUAUAGCACUUCAUAACCCAUCAACAAGCUCUCAAUUCUAUUGCUCCCCUCCUUCCCCCAAGAGUAAACUCUUUGUUGGAGGAUUGUCCCACUCAGUUGACGAGAAGUCCUUGAAAGAUGCGUUCUCUUCUUUCGGUGAGGUCACUGAAGUGAGGAUAAUGUAUGAUAAAGACAGUGGUAGGUCAAGAGGCUUUGGAUUUGUUCAUUUUUGUAAAGAAGAUGAGGCCAUGUCUGCAAAAGACGCCAUGGAUGGGAAGGCAUUAUUAGGGCGGCCAUUAAGGAUAAGCUUUGCUCUUGAAAGAGUUCGUGGUGGACCUGUUGUAGUCCCUCGCCUUCCUAGCUAACAAUUGAACUUCCCUUGGUAUCAAUACUUUGAUUCCCCUAGAACUUUUAAUCGUCUAAUAUUUUCUUUGGGAGUGCCCCACUUUUAGUUUUUAAAGUGCUAGAUAACAGGGCAUUCUCCGUUUUCCAAUUUAAAAAUGUGAGUGUUAAGUCUCAAAAGAUUCAAAACAUUGACAUUGUUGUUAAGUGGGACAUAUGACAACAAAAAUGCUAAGGUUUGAUUUAUAUCUAUUGUUUAACUAAAGUUUCAUGUAUUUU